UGUCACUCGUCAGUUUCCGUUCAAUCCUUUAGGUAGGUAACUAUAUUAUUUAUUUUGUUAUUGAUUGAAUAAGAGGUCGAUCGGCACAGUGUGCAUACCUGUACAAUAUAAUUUACAUUUUACCCGAUUUAUCGACUGUUUACAACUUCAUAUUAAUUUCGGUAUAUGUAUAAAAAAAAUAUUGUGUUAUGUUGUGACAAUCAUCGGUAUUCGCGAAUUACAAUAUAAUAUAGUGCUGUUGAUCGUAUAUCGUAUAUAUUAUAAGAAGAAUAUAUGAUAAAUAAUUUAUAGAUCAGUUUAGUUGAAAAAUAAAACACACAGUUACGAGCGUGAGUAAAUAAUUUCUAUAUUAUAUUAUAUUCGUUUCAUACGUCAUAAAUAACAACAAAGAUAAUUAUGAUGGUCGAGCGGCAAACCGUUAACGAUGACUUGCGCAAAGAACGAACAACGUGCACCUUUAAUACGGAGGAACUGACGAAUUUCAUAGACGGCGGCGCUAAGAAUACCGAUAAGAGACGAACAAUUGCGAAGUUUUUCCUCAGUGAUCCACGAUUUAAAGACGAUGUGCCUGUGACGUACCUUAGCCACCAAGAACAUUACGAGCAAGCGAUUCGGAAAUCUUGCAUUUUUUACAAGAAGAUCAAAGAAUGGGAAGAGAUUUCGAACACUCACAUAUUUGAGAUUUACGAUGUGCUUUGGACUAGUGGACUAGAUACAGCAAUUAUAAAACAAAAUGUACCUUUUAACGUUCAUAGUUUUAUGUUUUUGCCAUCUCUAAUUGGUCAAGGUACUCCAGAACAGCAAGAAGAGUGGGUUGAACGUGCCUUUAACAAUUCAAUUUUGGGUACUUAUGCUCAGACUGAACUUGGACAUGGAACUUUUAUUAGGGGCUUAGAAACCACAUGCACGUAUGAUCCAGAAAAUGAAGAGUUUAUUUUAAAUAGUCCGACAUUAACAUCGUACAAAUGGUGGCCUGGCGGACUUGGCCACAGUUGUAACUACGCAAUUGUUCUCGCUCAACUUUACACUCAAGGCAUACAUCGUGGUAUACAUCCGUUCAUUGUUCAAUUAAGGGAUUCAGAAACAUGGAUGCCCAUGCCUGGAAUCAAAAUUGGUGAAAUCGGUAGUAAGAUGGGCAUGAACUCUGUGAACAACGGAUACUUGGCGUUUAAUAACGUUAGAUUACCUCGAAUGCAAAUGUUAAUGAAAAAUGCUAAAGUUCACAAGGAUGGAACUUAUGAAAAAUCACCUAAUGAAAAAUUAACAUACGGCACAAUGAUACUUGUACGAGUAUUAAUUGUUAAGAGUUUGGUUACUAGCUUUUUAAUGCAAUCAGCAACAAUCGCAGUGAGAUAUAGCGCGAUUCGCCGGCAAUCAGAACUUAAAUCAGGUGAACGAGAACCUCAAAUUCUAGAUUAUCAAACACAACAGUACAAGUUAUUCCCAGUCAUUGCCUCAAGUUUAGUGUAUGUAUGUGCAGCAAAAUGGUUAUGGGAUAAAUACUCUGCAGUAACUGCGCAAUUAAAGAAAGUUGAUUUGGAUCAAUUGCCAGAGCUACAUGCUAUGGCUUGUUGUCUGAAAGCUGUCGGCACAACCGAUGCAUCUAUUAGCGUAACGUCUUGUCGUUUGGCAUGUGGCGGUCAUGGAUAUAUGAACUGCAGCAAUUUUCCCAACAUCUAUUCACUUACAACUGCAACAGAAACCUACGAAGGCGAAAACACGGUACUGCUAUUGCAAACAGCUAGAUUUUUGAUAAAAUCGUACGAAACUAUACAAAAGGGAAACAACGUGUCCACGUUGGAAAUGAUGUCAUACUUGGAAAAAUACAAUAGCUUAAAACAAUCGCCUUGGACGACGACAUUAGAUUGUAUGACCAAUGCGUUUUUCCAAGUUGCCGGAAGUAAAAUUGACGACUGUUACUUCACAAUAAAACGACUGAUUGAUUCUGGAAUGGCUCAAGAAGAUGCUUGGAAUCAAACAUCCAUUAAACUUACUCAAGCAUCCGAAGCCCAUUGCAGAGCGUUCGUUAUCAGUACUUACGUAAAAACACUUAAAACUAAUCAAUUCUCACCAGAAUUAAUGGACGUUCUUACUCAACUCGGCGAGUUAAUUUGUGCACAGUGGAUAUUAUGUAGACUUGGUGAUUUUCUACAGCAUUCCAACCUGAAACCGAUUAACGUACAUUCAAUACAAUGCUUAUUAGAAGAUUGUUUAGAACGCAUUAGGCCCAACGCAGUCGGUUUAGUAGACAGUUUUGACAUACCAGACGAAAUAUUAGAUUCUGCGUUAGGCGCCUACGACGGAAACGUAUACGAACGGCUCUUGGCAGAAGCCAAUAAAAGCCCCUUGAACAAAGAACCAGUAAACCGCUCAUUUGAGCUAUACAUAAAACCGUUUUUAAAAUCUAACAUGUAAAUUAAAUUCAUUAUUCCAACUGAGUUAAUAUGUAUAUUAUAGGUUAAUUAUUAUACGGAGAAAAUAUAAUUUAUGAGAUUUAUAUUAUGUUAAUGAUCAAUUCUUUAAAACCAUUAAUUAAAUCCAAAGAAAAUAUUUUGUAAAAUAAAAUUGUAUUUAUUUAAAGUUUUAGGAAUAGGUACUUUAAAUGUGAUUUAUUAAAAACAGUAUAUUUAUACAUAGAAACAUAUUAUAUUAAUAUAAUCAAUAGAUUCAUAACGAAAAUAGUAGGUAUGAUAUUAAUGAAAAAAAUAAUAGCUUUAAGCUCUUUGGAAUAAAUAUAAAUAUAAAACUGAUGUAUAUAUCUACCUAAACAUAGAAAAUUAAGUAAAAAUAAAAUGUUUAUGUAUACAUUUAUUUUAACCCAUGCCAUAUCAACAUACAGAACAUUUAUAUUGUAUUCCUUUAACCAGCCCAUAAUCGCAAAAUAUGGUACAAAUGCAACCUAAAAGUGCAAAAAUAAAUGUUCCAUAAGCGCAAAUCAAUUUUAUUAAACUAGUAGUUAUUAUAUUAAUAUUUAAUUAAGGAUUAACAGUGAUAUUAAAAUUUGUAAAAUUGAAAUUAAUUUUAAAAAAAUAAAAAUUAUCAUUUUGAAUACUACUUUAAA